UAGCUGCCUGCCUGCCUGCCUCGUCCGCUGAUCGUCAUUCGCCACACGGCGUCUCUCUGUGGCCAUGGUAACAGCACCGUAAAACGGAUAACUGCAGACAACAACAACCGAAACAAGUGCUUUUCAUUGAGAUACAUUCCAUGAUGAAUUUGUCAGAGAUGUGUGACAAUGCAAAGAAGGCCCGUGAGUAUGCCUUACUGGGGAACUAUGACUCGUCGAUGGUGUACUACCAAGGGGUGAUCCAGCAGAUCCUCAAACACUGCCAGUCGCUCCGUGACCCGGCCCUCAAAGUCAAAUGGCAAAAGGUGAGGCAGGAGCUGGUGGUGGAGUAUGAGCAGGUGAAAGGCAUUGUGGGAACGCUAGAGACGUUUAAGACAGACAAGCCUGCGGACUCGCCCACCCCUCCGUUCGAGAGGGGGCCCCAGGACCCGGCUGUAUGGCCCCCACCUACACCUGUGGAGCACAGAGCCCCAGCCCUAGCCCCCCCACUAAAGCGCCCUGGCAGUGGAGUGAAGGGUCAGAGGAAGGACUCCCCAGGCAUGCAGCACAGGGGCCCCGGGGGGGCCGGGGGCCGGGUGCAGGCCAAUCCCAAAUCAGAGAGGACCACAAAGGCCAAAGAUGACAAGGGGAAGAAGGAAGCAGGAGAGGGGGGCGCAGCGGCGGGUGAGCUGAAGAAGUUUGACGGCACAGGUCAUGACAGUGACCUGGUGGAGGCACUCGAGAGAGACAUCGUAUCGCGCAACCCCAACAUUCACUGGGAUGACAUUGCCGAUCUGGAGGAAGCUAAGAAGCUGCUGAGAGAAGCAGUGGUUCUGCCUAUGUGGAUGCCUGACUUCUUCAAGGGCAUCCGGCGCCCGUGGAAGGGGGUGUUGAUGGUCGGCCCCCCAGGCACAGGGAAGACCAUGCUGGCCAAAGCGGUGGCCACCGAAUGUGGCACCACCUUCUUCAAUGUGUCCUCCUCCACCCUCACCUCCAAGUACAGAGGAGAGUCGGAGAAACUGGUCCGGCUACUGUUCGAGAUGGCUCGGUUCUACGCUCCGACCACCAUCUUCAUAGACGAGAUCGACUCCAUCUGCGGGCGGCGAGGGACGUCGGACGAACACGAGGCCAGCCGCAGGGUCAAGUCCGAAAUCCUCGUCCAGAUGGACGGUGUGGGGGGAGCUCUGGAGAACGACGACCCCUCCAGGAUGGUGAUGGUGCUGGCCGCCACCAACUUCCCCUGGGACAUCGACGAGGCGCUGCGCCGGCGGCUGGAGAAGAGGAUCUACAUCCCCCUGCCCACAGCCGUGGGGCGUGUGGAGCUGCUGAAGAUCAGCCUGAGGGAGGUGGAUGUGUCUGACGACGUGGACCUGACCCUCAUCGCAGACAAGAUCCAAGGCUUCUCCGGAGCAGACAUCACCAACGUCUGCAGGGAUGCGUCCAUGAUGGCCAUGCGGCGGCGUAUCCAGGGCCUCAGCCCGGAGGAGAUCCGAGCCCUCUCCAGGGAGGAGCUCCAGAUGCCCGUCACCAUGGAGGACUUCACCCUCACCCUCAGGAAGAUCUCCAAGUCCGUCUCGGCGGCCGACCUGCAGAAGUACGAGGCGUGGAUGGCCGAGUUUGGCUCCGUGUGACGGCGCCGGCCCG